AUGGGUCUCUUCGUUGACGAUGAUCAAACAAUGGUCAUUGCUGACUACUACAAUCAUCGUAUCAUCCAAUGGAAGAUAGGUGAUAAGAAUGGACAAGUGGUGGCUGGUGGCCAUGGCCUAGGAAAUCGAUUGGAUCAAUUGAAUGGUCCAACCGAUGUGUUGAUCGACAAAGAGACAGAUAGUCUAAUUAUUUGCGAUCGAGAGAAUCGACGAGUCGUACGAUGGUCUCGUCGAAGUGGUACAACUCAAGGAGAAAUUCUCCUCGACAAUAUCUAUGGUGCUGAAUUGACGACGGAUGAUCGGGGAUAUCUCUACAUCUCGGACACUGCCAAAGAUGAAGUAAUACAAUAUCAAAUAGGACGCAAGAAUCGAACUAUUGUAGCUGGUGGCAAUGGACAAGCCAUGAAGCUGAAUGGCAUCCGACCGUUAGAUCUGUUCCCCCGUUAG